AUGCGGUUUUCGCUGAUAUUUUUGCUAACAUUUAUUGAGAUUUUGGAAAGUCUUAGCUAUAAAGAGAAACUUCAAUUCAUCCAAUUACAAACAACUGCAUAUAAUUUCUACUUGAGAGAUAUUGCUGCUCAAAAACGAAAAUAUCGAAUUUAUCAAUCGAUUCCGGAAGCAAUUACUGUAAGUUUUCUGAAAAAUUUAAAAAAACUGUGAAUUUGAUUCCAGGAAUUUCCUCCUCUCAAAAAUGUGUUCUUCGAAAACAACACAGUUGUUGGAGAAAGUUAUCCAAAUGCAGCCUAUGUUAACACAAAUCUGGCAUAUUCCCGCCCAAGAACAGUUGACGAUGAUUUGGGACUUCCUCUAAAUCAACCAGUAAACACCAAAGGAAAAACGAAUUUCUAUUACCCGGGAAGAAAUUAUGCCGAUUAUUUUUAUUAUCCAUACGGAAAACGAAAAUAA